AUGCCUCCCAGAAAAGGCGACCAGCCUAAGAAGGCUAAACCUUCGGUGCAGGAUAAGGUAUAUCAUUUCUUGAAUUUUGGAUCCGCUUCAAUUCCAUCUCCACUAUUAACGGGUGCUGAUGCCGUCAAGAAAAAAGGAUCGACUGCCCGUAAGCAAAUAGCCCAGCUCGAAGCGCAGGCCGCCUCGAACAAGUCUGCGGAUGCCAAACGAAAAGCGAUGGAAAAGGAAAAACGUGAAAAAGAAAAGGCCGCCGCAGAGCAGGCUAAACGUGAAGUUGCAGAACUGUUCAAGCCUGUACAGGUCCAAAAAGUUCCAUUUGGCGUCGAUCCGAAGACUGUUUUGUGCGUUUUCUUUAAGAAAGGAAACUGUGAGAAGGGCCGUAAAUGCAAAUUCAGUCAUGAUCUGGCGGUUGAGCGCAAAGCAGAAAAGAAAAAUAUUUAUCAAGAUACUCGAGAUGAACAAGACCCGAAGAAAGCAGAUACGAUGGAUAACUGGGAUGAGCAGAAACUGAGGGAUGUCGUCUUGAGUAAACACGGAAAUCCGAGGACAACCACGGAUAAAGUAUGCAAGUACUUUAUUGAAGCUGUCGAAAAUCAGAAGUAUGGAUGGUUCUGGACUUGUCCAAAUGGCGGAGACAAGUGCAUGUAUAAGCACAGUUUACCACCAGGGUUCGUAUUAAAGACCAAGGAACAACGGGCAGCUGAAAAGGCACUUUUGGAUAAAUCUCCACUGAAAACUCUCACCCUCGAGGACUUCCUCGAGACCGAACGGCACAAGCUUACUGGAAAACUAACGCCCGUCACCGAGGAGUCAUUUGCAAAGUGGAAGAAAGAACGGUUGGACAAAAAAGCUGCCGAAGACGAAGCACGCAAAGCCAAAGAAGCUACCGGCCGUGCUAUGUUUGAGAGCGGAGAGUGGAGAAACCAAGAAAGUGAGGCAGAAUCCAGUGAUGAUGAUGACGAGGGAGAUGGUGAUGCUUGGAAUUUGGAAAGCAUGAGAAAAGAGACGGAAGCACUCAGAGACAAAUCUGAACAAGAACGGGUUGCCAAACUUCAAGGCUCGACGGAUGCACCUGAAGAUACCGCAGUUUCAAGUAGAGAACCACCCGCCACCGUUGAAGGCGAAGGUUAA